AUGCGCUUCUCGCUCCUCAACUCCGCUCUCCUCCUCCUCGCCGUCACGACUCAAUCUGUCCAGGCUGGGCCGCUCGCGUACGCCGUGUGCCAGGCGGGUUACUCGGCCGUCGUCGUCGCCUGCUACUCGGCCGCCGGCUUCACCUUCGGCACGGUCACUGCCGGCGCCGCCAUUCCCAUUGCGCUCGUCAAGUGCAACGCCGCCUACGGGGCCUGCCAGGCCGCCUGCGCGACGGCCGCGCUCUUUGCUCCGACCCCGUGA